UCCGAGCCGAAAGUGACACCGGCGGACUGCUGAUGUACUCCCAACACGAUCGCGGUGAAGAAUUGUCGACCUUUUCUCUGCGGACUUGCUGAGGACCCGUCGGACUGAAGAGGUGACGUCUCUUGCCUCUGCGCCGUGUUAUGCGGCUUCCACGACUUCGUCCAGAGCUCGCUCAGCUCAACGCUGAACGAGCAGCCGAUACGCCAUGGCCUUGACCGCCGGAGCCCGUGCGAUGGUGAGGGUGGUGGUGGCACAGGGCGGAAAACCAACGAGAACCCUCUGGACGACGUCCUUCUUUGCCCAGGAAAUCCAACCACGCAGCGAGCGACGCGACCGACCACGAUCCCGCGACCCUCAGACCGGCCUCACUACACCAGCGCCCGAGGAGGCCACUAAGAAGAAGAGCCAGAGCCCAUACUACUUCGAGGCUGGCUACGCAGGAUGGGCCAAGCGACCUUCUCGACCAUUUCCGCCGCCUUUCUUCUCCCCGCCCAGCGGCAGUUUCAGCGAUCCGCUGUCCACACACCACCGUUCGAUGGACCGGAGACCGAAGGUCGAUGGGCAGAUGAUCCGCGGAGUGACAAAUGGAGACGAUGCGAUGCUCGCAAGUGAGUCGCUGAUAGUCGCAAACGAUGGAGUUGGAGCUUGGGCACAGCGUGAGCGAGGACAUGCUCCGUUAUGGAGCCGGCUCGUCGGACAUUUCUGGGCUCUAGCCGCUGAGCAGGACAUGUACGGACGAGAAGGCGAUCCCGAUCCUGUGAAAUACUUGACAGAGGCGUACGAGAAGACGAAGGAAGCUCUGUCCGAGCCGAACGAAUGGCAUGGAACAACGACAGCAAGCGCGGCCCUGCUACAUUACGCCGGAAGCGAGGGCAAGCAGCACCCAGUGCUCUACGUCACACAGCUGGGCGAUUGCAGAAUCAUGGUCGUACGGCCACAGAACGGAGACCCAGAGAUCGUUUUCACCACGAAAGAGCAGUGGCACUACUUUGAUUGCCCGAGACAGCUGGGCACCAACUCACCAGACACACCCGAAGGAAACGCAGUCCUAGACAAGGUCGACAUUAUGGAGAAGGACAUCAUACUUGCAAUGAGCGAUGGCGUUACGGACAAUUUGUGGGAGGAGGAGAUUGCCGACUAUGCAGUGGGGGCACUCCAGACGUGGAAGGAGAAGUUCGCCGACAGUACCGACGGAAGUCUGGCAGAAGCAAUGAAGUACGUCGCGCAGGAGAUUGUGCUAUCGGCACGUAGGAUCGCCGAAGAUCCGUUUGCUGCUUCGCCGUUCAUGGAGAAGGCCGUAGAAGAAGGAUUGGCCAUUGAGGGAGGGAAGCUGGACGACAUCUCCGUAGUAGCGGCCGUCUGCUCUCGCCGCAAGGGAUGAAGGAGGGAGAAGUCCCCACGAUUGACGAGCCUGACGGCCGCUGGACCGGUCGUCCAUAAGAUACCCAUAGCUCCGAAGCAUUGCCUUUUUUCGUCGCUCCCAGACAGCGACCAGCACCGAAUCCUCACAGUUCCGGUGCAUCAGAAGGAAGACAGCGUGCAAAUAUGUGCACGUCACUAACCUGGUAAUAGCUGGUGUAUCUGAGCCGAAUGAGAGGGAGAGCAUGUCACAAGACCGUGCGUCUCCGAAGACAGCAAGGACAGCAUGGCACUAUGUAGGCCACUUGUCCAUGCACAGCUGCACAUACAGAAGCAGAACGCAGCUUCAAGAUUGUCUCGGUGUGACCUAUUCACGGCUUUGUCUCCUCUUUUUUCGC